AUGGGUAACACGUGUGCGCCGCAAAAGGGGCCGCGCUUCAAGAACUUUGUAAUAGCCGUUUACUCCGAUGACCCACAGAACGGGCCUGUUAGAGAAGCGCUUGGCAAGCUGCAGAAUUACAUUGCGAGCAAUCCGGAGCGCAUCCCACGUGUCUGCCGCAAGAUAUCUAAGUUACUGACCAUAUACCUCAAGCGACAGAAGGUGCAGCGUGUUAUGGUAGGGGUGCAGAUGCUGCGGGAUUUAAUUGCGCAUUUCGAUGAUGUUAGUGGAUUUGUGCCGCACUGCAUUAGCAUUUGCUCCAUGUUGUUUUCUUAUUCCACAGUAGAGUACCGCAUCGGUGCGGCGGAUGUGCUGACCAUCUUAUGUUACAAACUUGCGGGUCGUGUGGAUGGCGAGCACUCUUGUCGCCUUCUUGCGGACAGUAAAGGGAAACUACUUCCUGCACUGGAGACCAUGUGUUUAGAGACAGUAUCAAAUGAUGAUGCUGCCACACUGCGGUGUCGUUAUGCCGCAGUUGUGGCACUAGGGAACGUUAUAUUUUGUCUACAUGGCGCCUUGGCGAACAAUGUCAAUUGCCACAUAAUGCCAUUUUUGCGCAACCUUAUGAAUGCGAUGCGCAGUGGGGACAAAUCUGAAUGGAUAGAGCGUGAACCAUUCACGGUGCUCCAACAGCACAUCAAAAGUGGUCCAUUCGACAGCGUUGCACUUCCGGCCGAACGGAAACAACGCGAUAUUGCGUGCAUAAGUGCAGCGUCAUGGGGUAUUGGAGCAGUGGUUGGCUGCGUGUCAAUUGCCGGAAUCCAUCAAUUCUUGCAGCUUGUCUUGGAGUUCAUUGUGUCUCAUGACGGAUGGUCGUUGCCGGGGUUUGCAUUUAUCACUUUUCGGUCUUUGGCACGGGCGUUGGAAUGGCGGCCGCAGCAGCUUGGCUUCACGGUCUGCCAGUACUUAUGCGAAACAGUCAUUGCACCCCGAAAAAAGGAGGAUGAGGCGGCAAAUGUGCAGGAGGGCAUCAUUCGUGCUCUUAUUGUUUGCACGAACGAGGUACGCAUGACAGGUGGACGUCCGCAGGUGUUGUUCGAAGUAGUCCGAAAAUGUAUGAAUAAAGGCAAGCGAACAGAUGAUUUCAACGAACUUCUCCUUCAGCUAUUAAUGACACUUAUGUACACAACCCACAAGUGGCGAAAUGCACCGCAGUUGCACCUUUUACUAGUCGGGCUUUUGGCCUGCGCGCAGGAGGCGAUUUCAAAUAAUGCGGUAUGGUCUCUGCGAGCUUUGGCUGUGGCUGCAUCAUAUGUGCGCGCCGUUCCUUUGGUUGACCGCGGUGACAUUGAUCUCUCCGGCACCAUCGAACCUUUCCUUGCGACACACAAUGCGUUACAGGCCUAUGCAGCACAGGUGCUAGUGGGUCUCAUUGCGGGGACAAUUCCAUCGCAAGAUGUGGACGUGGGCAGCAGCAUUCCAGACGCAGAGACGGUGACGGCGGAAGCGCCACCCCCACUUGUGACGAACGAGCAGGACAUGGCCGUCGCGGAAAAUUGGGUUUGGUCGGUUCUUGCCAGCACGCAGCCCGUGACGCCGUCCUGUGUUAUUGAGGUAGGGCGGGUGGUGGAGGCAGUGAUGCAAGUCCGCGGCGCCUCCUCUUUGCCAUUUGUUCUGUCUUUUGUGUCGCGGUUGCAGGCGUUUGUGAAAAAUGAGAAAAAAACCUCUGAACUCCACAUGGCGUGGGCGCAUCUUUCGCUGGCGGUACUUGCGAACUGCGGGGCUAUACUCACGCUGCCUCACCUUUUGCGGUACGUGGUGCAUUUGUUUCAGCAGCGUCACCAUGGCAAUGAGUUGGCACGGCAGUUUGAAUUGCGACUGACGGAGGAAAGUGUUGGACCGCUGCAACUCGCCAGAGGCGGCAACGCGGCGGACGAACUGCUGUGCGCACAGCCGGCGAACUGUCCACCGGUGACGGUUCUCAUCGCCUUCGACACCGUUGCAGAUAUCAUUGCUGAAGACGCCGACGCAGAGGUGUAUACUGUGUUCCGCACCCAGCGCAAGGACGAGCUGAAGGCGGUGAUAUCAAGCGCAUGUUUCAAGAUGGAUGCGGCUGACGCCAGCACACCGCCACUGACCCCUCGCGCCCGCGCACGAGCAAGGCGUCUCUUCAGCUUGGAACCCUUGGGCCCGUCGCGCAGUGUGAGCGCAUCCAUCACUGUUUUAGUGGUGGACGGUGGUGCAACCGCGGCAACUGCGACAGCAGGCGAUGCUUCUGUGGCUGCAGCCUCUGUUUUUAAGCGGGAGUCUUUGAUGGAGAAGUCAAAAAAUUGCAUUGCCGACCUCCUUGCGCGUCACGGUGUUGGCGCAACAACGCAUCUUGUGCACGCGUCUGCUCGUGCCGCGACGCUUACAACCGCAAUUGAGAAGAGGGAAAAGAUAGGUGAGACGAAGAAAAAAGAAGAGGGGGGGAAUCAUGUGAGUGCGGAUGCUGCAAAGGCCAGUGCUGCGUAUUCUCAGAAUUCAUCGGGGGCGAUUGAUUCUUCGUGGAGGUCGCAUGCUACCUCCAACUUCCCGUCGUCUUUUUCCAAGUUGGACCCACCAGUAGCUAAUCAUGCACUUUUUGCUGGCAGUGAUGGCUUCUAUGUAGAAGAGAGACUUAAUGUUGAGGGCACCGAUGCUGUAAAAUCGCGUAUUCAUGUCCCAGGUGCCUUUGGCACGUACAGUGACAUCCACAAAGGUGCAGGGAGAACAUGCAAUGGCCAUGCUGUGCGAGAAAAUGUUCUCGGCGCAGCAUCGGGUGGGAACCGAUCAGUAAGUAAUUAUGUUGAUUUACUCUGA